AUGGAUGCCACUAGAAUUGCGAGUAAGUACGAUGCCGGAGGGGCGUGGAAGGGUGAUGCAGCUGUGGGCGCGGUAGGUGCAGUUGCGCGUGCGGCAGCAGGCACAUGCGCUGCUGUUGGUGCGUGUGCAGCAGUGCGCGUGCCGCUGUGCGCAUGGCGGCUGGCAUGCGCGUGGCUACUUGCUGCGCGCGCAGUUGCUGCUGUACAGGGAGCUGCUAGCAUGGAGCUGCUGCUGCGCGUGCAGCUACGUGUGUGCGGCUACGUGUGUGCGGCGGCGCGCGUGGCUGCUCUUGACGGGACGGGCACAAGGAGUGCAGCGCACGGGGCGGGCAGCGCGGGGCAGGACGGGACUAGGCAGUGCGCGGCUACAGGGCGGGACAGGGCAGCGCGCUGUGCGCAGCUGACUACGAGUGGGGCGGGGCAGGGCGCGGCCUGCUAA